AUGUCAACUCAAGUCAAAAUAUGUUCUAAAACCAAACUUUCCAGCUCUCCUGAGUCUUCUCACGAGAGUUGUGACGCAGUUGAUGCGAUCGACACAGAAAUGAUUUCACCGCUAACCUCGAUCGAUAAUGAUAGUACCCGUAGUCUUACUCCAGACAAGAUGGAUCCUUUUCAUUCAGCUCGCGAGCGUGAGGAACGUAUCCGUAGAAACGGAACAGUGCCCAGCCAAAUCCCUAUUCAGAACAUGGGUAUGAACAACAUGAACAACAACGGCAACAUGAGCAACAUGAACAACAACGGCAACAGCAACGGCAACGGCUGGCGCCGCCCUUCUGUCUGCGACCCGGCCUACACAGGUCAAGAAGGUUUCACUCCGCUGACCAUGGUUCGCCCUGGUCCUGUCUAUCCUCUUCCUGAACAAAUCAGCUCUGCAUUUGCUUAUGGCAUUCGCCGAGCCGAUGGCUCUUACACAAGACUUCUUCCAGCUGAUGAGCUUCCCGCUCUUAAUGGCAUUCCUCGUCACCAAGGUCCAGAAGGACUCAUCAUUGUUCCAGAACUUCAGCAUGGUUCACCAAAGCCAGAGUUUGCUACUCUUAUGAUUCCGAAUAAGGUCGUAGCAAAGCUUCCACCGCUUGGCCCACCAAUGUUUGGAGUCAAUCAGCAAGGUGGUUUCCGUCGACCAGGAGAUCAAACUCAGUUGGCGAUCGACUCUAUCGUUGCCUCAGCUGUUAAUCCCCCUGCGAGUGCUUCUCCAGCAAACAAUGCCAUGAUCCCGAUGGGUGGUCCAUUUCGCCGAGAAAAGAUCUACUGUGAUAAGUGGGUUCAUGAAGGCACUUGCGCUUUCACCCAAGUUGGAUGUAAAUACAAGCACGAAAUGCCGAUGGAUAAGGCCACGCAAGUUUCUCUUGGUCUCAACCAUGGAGUUCCAAACUGGUAUCGUCGUCAACAUGGUCUUUCUGUCUCUCCACAAACUGGAACAAAUGUUCAAAUUGAAGCACCUUGUGCAACUCCAACUCCAACUGGUGGAACAUCCCGUACGUCUCAAUCUUGGCGUCGCAAAGAAGGCACGUCUUUCUCUCUCCCGACCUCAGCUCAAGGUGUUGCAAAUGGUCGUGAUCGUCGUAGCUCUGGUGGCUCAUUCGGUCCCAUCGGUCCUCCCCACACACGUCGUCUCACAAACUCGUCCUCUGGUGAUUCAAUGAAUAGAAAUCAUCUUUCUGUCCCAGAGAAUGACAAUGAGCAUGAUAACGACACCAAUAUGCAGUGGAAUGGUAGAGCUCGUGGCUAUACUAACGGCAACGAUCAAAACCGACGUCAACAAUAA